AUGACGACAGGCACGCCCCCUCUCAAGUUCACCACCCACGCCUCUCUGCGCCGGCGCCUCCUUCUCGCAACGCUCACAGGCACACCCGUGCACAUAAGCUCCAUCCGCCCCAACUCGCUCAAGCCCGGCCUCACACCCUCCGAAUUCUCCCUCCUCCGCCUCCUCGACACCAUCACCAACGGCUCCCACAUCACCAUCUCCGUCACGGGCACCACCCUCCUCUUCGUCCCGGGCCUCAUCUCCGGCACAAACAACUCCCAGCUCUCCCACACGCUCCCCGAGAACUGCGCCCGCGGCGCCACCUACUACCUCGAGCUCCUCGCCCUCCUCGCGCCCUUCUCAAAGACCCCGCUCAACAUCGCCCUCACCGGCGGCGUCAUCACCGCCGCCACAGAAGACGACUACUCGGUCGACACCUUCCGCACCGCCGUGCUCCCGCUCUACGCAAACUUCGACAUCACGCGCAACAUCGAGGUGCGCAUCGUCUCGCGCUCCUCGGGCCCCGUCGGCGCCGGCGAGGUCCACUUUGUGCACGCCCACCAGGUGCGCCUCCCGCGCACGCUGCACCUGCAGACGCCCGGCCGCGUCAAGCGUAUCCGCGGCGUCGCAUACGUCAGCGGCGUGAGCGCCGGAAACAACGCGCGCAUGAUUGAGGCUGCGCGCGGCGUGCUCAACCGCUUCUUGGCGGACGUGUAUGUGUACAGCGACGUCAAGAGCGCGCAGACGGUGCCGGUGGACUAUGGCAAGGAGGGGGCGGUGGAGAAGGCGCGCGGCGGGGUGCGCGCCAGCGGGCGGACGAGGAAGAUUGGUGUUGGCUUUGGCAUGGCGCUGGUGGCGGAGACGGGCACGGGGGUGCUGUAUAGUGCGGAUGCGUUUGCGGGGCCGGCGGAGCCGGCGGAGGAUGUGGGGAGGCGCGCGGCGUAUGCGUUGUUGGAGGAGAUCCGGAUUGCGGGCGCGGUGGGGAGGACGGGCGUUAUGACGAUGCUGACGAUGAUGAUGAUGGGCGUGGAGGGGGAUGUGGGGAGGGUGGUGGUGGGGAGGGAGGCUGUGGGGGAGGAGUUUGUCGGUGUGGUGAGGGAUCUGAAGUCGUUUUUUGGCAGCGAGAUUGCCGUGAGAGACGGCGAGGGGGGGAAUCUCGUGGUGACGAUAGUGGGUAAAGGCGUGGGCAAUGUGGGCAGGAAGGUGGCCUAG